AUGACCACCUUCUGUCUUUACACACUGUCCUCAGACUGCUUCAGUGUGCAGCUGUAUGAUGAUAAACAGAAACAGCAGUUCCUGGAGCUGAGGUUCGCUGGUGCUGUCCUGCAGGAUGACUGGUGUCUGGCAGAUAUGGCCAUCUCCUCAGGUGCAACCAUCUUCUGCCAGUUGAAGGAGGUCAGCAAGGCUGUGCUCCAUGUGUUCAGUGUUGUGACGAAGGAGACCCUGCCUAUCAUGGGAAUAGCAUGUCUGCUGGCUACCUCUGUCUCCAAAAUUAGAUCCCUGGUGUCCUUGUUACUUGGCCUACCAGCCAGUGCUUUCACGUUGUCGACUCAGAGUGGGGCUGAGCUUUAUGACUGCAAUCUGCUCUCACACUAUGCUGUUGAAGCUGGAGAUAUUCUUUGUUUGGACACUUGGGAUGGCUGGACGGAGUUCAUAAGUUUGGCUCUUUAUGUUGUGGCUGCUCGUGGACAUUGUGAAAUGGCCAGUUGGCUACUAGACAGUGGUGCAAAAGCCCACAAGCCUGUGGGUGUCCACCCUUCCCGUGUAUGGUGCUACGAAACGGACCACCCAGAGUCCUUAAAAUGCCCUGUUCAUGCUGCUGUAGAGGCUGGCCAACUUCACAUUUUGCAGAUGUUCCUCAGUAGGAACAUAUUAAACAUAGCCUGUAGAGAUCCCAGCAACCAACACCUACUUCAGAUUACUGAAAAUCAUAUCAACAAAAAAAAACGCGGAUCUUAUCUUGUGUCCAAACUGUACACUAUGGUCACCUUCUGUGGUUUUGCACUGUCAACCUGGAUCUAUGUUCAGAUCAAAAUCUGAAUCAUCAAGGCUAAAAUUGGACUUCUUAACACAUCUGUCCCAGAAAACAGAAGUCCAUUCAGAAGCAGAGUCGGGGACACAUUGCUAAUUGAUGGCUUUCCUUGUCCAGGAUGUCCCCAGUACCCAGGUGUUCUAUGUUCAAAGGAUGCACAUGGGUCAACAAGUCAUCCUGUGGAAUUUGUUUUCAUGUCUAUCAGUGCCUUUGUUGAGAAGAACUGGCUACAACAGUUUGCUGUUGCACAAACCCUUGCCCGAAGAAGCAUCUAAAUAUUCUGUGAAGAUUUAUCCAGGAAACACAACGAAAACCCUAUGAAGGCUGUGAUAAAUGUUUAAAUUUAUGUUUCACUAGUUUUACAACCUGAAACAAUUAUUUUUUAGAUUGUAGCUACUGUACAUUGUCCUGUAUCAAUGUAUUACAACUAACAAGCUCAGAAUAUGCUGAGGCAAAAUUAGUAAACAAUGAAAUGACUGAUUUUCAAUCAAAUUGUAUAUGUGCAUACAUGAAUACAUAAAUUCAACUGAAUAUAAAUGACCAAUGAACAUAAACUGAACAU